AGAAAGUUGUGACCAACGGCAAACAUAUAGCAAUCUUCCUUGUUCCGAGUUAGUUGCAUUUUACUUACCUCUUUUAGCAUACAAUCUUCCAUAGGAGGCAAAUCAGUUGAAUACCAUGGUUUUUCUUCGACAGGGCGUGCAACAUGUUCGGAAUUACUAUAACUCAGAAGCUCAAAUGAUAAGAGGUAGCUUUCCUCAUCCAUUCAUCUCUAGGACAUACAAAACCAGUUUCUUGAAGCCAAGAUCAAAGGCAGAGAUCAAAUUAUUGGCUGCUAAGAAACAUAGUGAAGCAGAAAAGAGACGGAGAACGAGAAUCAAUGGUCAAUAUGAAACCCUUCGAAAUAUCCUCCCCAACUUGAUCAAAAGGGACAAGGCAUCAGUAUUGGCAGAGACUAUCAAGCAAGUGAAGGAGCUGAAGAAGAAGGUAACAAAACUGGAAGAAGAUAACUCUGCUAACCCAUCAAAGGAUGUAAAGUUUCCUAGUGGGGCAGACAAGUUGAAUUUGGGAAAAUGUAAUAAUGAAGGCCUAGUGAAGGCUACAUUGAGUUGUGAGGAUAGUCCAAGAUUGAUGUCAUCAAUAUCAAGGGCACUAGGGUCAGUGAAAACCAGAGUGGUAAAGGCUGAGAUAGUGAGUGUGGGUGGUAGGACAAGAAGUGUGUUGUGGGUGCAAGGUAUUGGAAAUGAUGGUUUAGGGAUGCUGAAGAGCACUUUGAAGGUUGCCAUGCACAAGCCAGCCUUUAAGAUGAGGCGUUUUACUCAGUAACUCUGUCCUUGAUUCUGACUCAGUUAGGAGCUAUAACGAGUAGGGACUGAUAACAAUAUUUUCUAGUUUUGAAGACUAUAGAAUAAUGAUGACUCUAGCCUCUAGGAGCUGUCUAGAACCCCUGGCUUUCUCACAUUUUAGGGUUACCGUGUCUCAUUAUGCAAGUGAAGUUUAAUUUUUACUUUAUAGUUUGUAUCAGGAUACCAUGUUUGAGUCUUCAUAUAAAAGUAUAUAAUAACAUGAGGGUUUAACAUGUAGUGCGUGUUUAGUUACGGAUAUGGAAGCUACCUGUUGUAACUUUUACGGCACUCAAUAUACAGGAUUUAUUGAAUGCAGAAAGUGUUUCCAACCACACUGAUAAUCACUUUUGUAAUCACUAUCUGCCGUAAACAGCCUCAUGUUAAUAAUCACUACCUGCCAUAA